AUGGAAGCCGAAAAAAUCAUCAUAACGCCCGUCCCGGCGCACGAACAAUACUCCACCCUGGAAGUCCACCAGCCAGCCCCUAUAGCCCCUCAAAACACAUACAUGCAGCCUCCAACUUCCCUCCCCCAAUACCCUCCCCAGCAGCAACCGCUCUCGCAGCCCCCAGGGCAGGAAUACUACCACACAGGCCCCGGAAUGGGCCACCCAAGCGGGUACAACACCGCAACACCGCUGCACUCGCUGAAGCGCGGGCCGACGCCCGUCGACUGUCCUGUAUGCGGGCAGCGGGAGAUGACGAGGGUGGAGGCGCAGACGGGGAAAACCACGCAGUAA